AUGUUACUCAUUAGGAGGUCUUUGGAUUUAAUCACCUUACACUUCCGCUCCAGCAAUUUUCAGAUCGUCAACAUUUCAGAGACUGCCAUUUUCCCAAAGAUCCAGGAUGAGUUUAACAGAAUCACAAUGGUGCAUCUUGAGUCAAAGUUCAUGUCUAAGCUGGAUGAAUACACUCCGAGGCUUCUGAACAUCUUCCACUCCAAAGGUGGAACCAUGGGGUUGAGGUUGCAGGCCAUCCUACUCAAGGCUCCAAGCAACCCUAGCAUCAACAUGACUAGAGAUGUUGUCAUUCGGUGUUUGAUGGUGUAUCUUGGGGAAUCCACAGAUCACCUCUUAAAGGAGUAUGAUGACGCUGAUAAAGACAGUGUGUCACAGGACCUUGCUGUACAAAGGAUUAAAAUCUACAACAUCAAGCCUACUAUGCCAGAGGGUCCUGAUGACAUCAGUAUCGUAGUAGAGGGCGUGAAAGUUCUGACUGCUCUGGGUAACUUUCCAAGGGCUUGCUCCAUGGUCAUUGGCUUGGCAUAUGCAGUGAAUCUUGCCUAUCCCAAGGAGCUCAGGUACACGCUUGAAGUCUUCCAGAAACUCCUCCUUGAGCUGGAUUGUUCAAAGCUGUCCCCAAAAGUGAACAAGCUUAAGAAAAGGGACCCUCGCAGAAUGAAAGGGGACAAUUAAGUCACUGUCAAAACUGUCACACGGUUACCCACUCACUGUGAAGGAACUGCAAACUGUUACUGAAGGAGACCUUUGGACUUUCUGAUGAGUUCAGUCGUUAG